AUGCCAGCCGGCGCCCGGCCGGCCGGCGGGCCCAACCCGAAGCGCCCGGCCGCUUGGCGGCGCCGUUCGGCCGACGGGGCCAGCCGUGCGGCGCCCGGUCGCCCGCCGCAGGACCGGGCCCGAGCGGCCCACGCGCACAGCCUGGCCUCAAUCGCCACUCUCUGCGGCGGGAUCGGCACCGUCGGCGCCCUCUGGAUCCUCCUGGCACUCCUCGGCUUCCUCCCGACGGUCGGCGGCACCAACCCCGUGCGCUUUGAGUCAGACUCGAUCCUCGGCAUGCGCAUUCUGAGGAGCCGCUCCGACUUCCCCACAACUGGACAGUACCUUGCGUAUCAGCGAGACACGUACACGAAUGUGACCGGCCGGGAUCUGUAG